AUGGGCACACUGGAACAGCUCAUGGGGAGUCGAAUCGUCGGCGCUACAAUAAUCACUCAAUUCAGCCUGCGAACAUUUAACCCCCUCGGCAUUUGCUUGCUCCUUAUCUGGUCCUUCUCACCCCCGGGUGCCCAGUCCCUCCUCCGCAUGCUUGGAUCACGCCUCGACCCCAAGAUGGAACCCUCGAUAAUCGUCUACUUUGAUACCAACGGUCAAACCCGUGCAGCAAGAAACUUGGGAAGAAUCCAAGGCGGAUCCGUGGAUCUCUGGAUGAACGUCAAGAUCCCUUUUCUCUCCCGUGAUUCCAACGCUGAGAGCGAUAGCGAGGGUUGGAUUGAGGUGGAUUCAAGUUCAGACCUUGACUCAUUCUCCUCCCUCGCCGGCAUUGCACUCACAAACGUGCCGACCGGGAAUACAACUUUAUCUAUCGAGUCAAGCUACCUUGACCUCAACUGUUCAAUAACUCAGAAGGACAGCUAUUACGAGGAGGAGCUUGGUCUAACAAACCAUUCUUGGACGAUCAAAAGCGCGGUCGCACCACAGAGAACAACGGGGAAGAACGGUACCUGGCAUGGCUACCCCAUGGACAGGGGCGAAGAUGAUUUGAGCUCGAUAACCUGGAGCUUGGCCACUGACCGAUUUGUCGAUGUCUACUGGCUCAACAACAUCACGGGUAGGAAAGAGCUCUGGGAUAUGGGUUUUACGCCAGCCAUCUUUGAACAACAGAAGGGAGUCUAG